AACAUUUUAUUUUGACUCAAAAGAAUAUAUAUUUUAAGACAGCUGAUCCACACUCCACACCAGCUGGUGGCGGUAGAACACCAAAUCGUUGUUUGCCAACCGCCGAAAGAAAACAAAGGAAGAAGAAGAGGUGGGGGGGUGAGGAGGAGAAGCAGCAACAGAAGAAGAAGAAGAAGACGCUGUUUACACGGUUGCACAUGUCUGCCGUUGCCGUGGAGACCGCUGUCAUCACGGAGGUCAAGGCUGACGUUGCCAUGGCCAACCACACGGAGGACCACGUGUGUGAGCAGACCCCCCCUCUGGAGGAAGAGCUGAAGAAACCCGCUAGCCGCCGCCGCCGCCGAGCCGGUGUAUCAUUAGGGAGGCGGAGCCAGAAAGGGAAGAAGUGGGGCCCCGCGGACAAGAGGCGGGGCCCAGGUGAGAAGAGGCGUGGUCAGAAGGAGAAGCGGCGAGGUCAGGAGGAGAAGAAGGAGGGCGUGACGGUGAAGAGAAUGUGGAGUGGCGGGAAGCGACAAUAUUGUGUGUUCUGUCGGCGUCCGCAGGUGAAGAUCGCACGUCACCUGCUGCGAAAGCACACGGACGAGCCGGAGGUGACGGCCGCCAGCACGCUGCCCACGGGCUCCAAACAACGCCACCUGCUGCUGGACCACCUCCGCUGCAGAGGAAACUACCUGCACAACAUCGAGGUGAUCAGACAGGGCAGUGGGGAGAUCAUCCCGUGUCGUCAGCCAUCGGAGGAGGUCGAUGCCAGGAACUACCUCCCGUGUCCGCUCUGCCUCGGCUUCUUCCUUCGCUCUGACCUCUGGAAGCAUCAGGCUUCCUGUCGUAAGAAGCUGUCGUCCAACCCCUCCAAAGACUCCGCCUCCACCACAGAGACCACGUCGGACACGACAUCCGACUACACAGGAAAGUCUGUCUGUGAUCGAGGAGACAACAGGACUUCCAGGUCGACGGAGGACACACUGUCUGACCCCCAAGGGGACACAGCUGCAGCAGACCAGACCUGUGAACCCGGGUCCAAGCAGCCCGAUCCUGCUGCACCCAGUGGGGAUCAGAAUGCGACCUCUGACCCCGGGUUGGAUCGGCCAAGGAAGCGAAUUAGGGUCCAAGCCGCAGCGUCCCGCCUCCUUCCAAUUUCUGGCGGAGCAUCGGAGAGUUGCAGCGAAGUCCUGCAUCGCAUGAACCAGGACCACAUCUCACAUCAGGUCAAAUCUGAUUGGUUGAUCUGUAAAUAUGGAAACAAGUUGAUGGGGAACCAAGAUGGCGGCCAGAAGAGGUACGAUUAUGUCAGUCAGAAGCUGCGUGAACUUGGGAGGUUCCUACUUGCAGCUAAAUCCCUGGACUCUGGUGUUCACGCCCUGCUGGACGUUCUGGCUCCAGGCCGCCUCAGCCUGGCGCUGGCUGCUGCCAGAAAGGCGUCCGGCUACCGUUGGAGCCGCCCUCCGCUGGCAGUGAAGACCACACUGAAAACAGUUUGCGAGAUUGCCAUCGGAGAGAGUCUGCAGGACGGAGACUGGGAGGCUGCAGCCAAAACCACCGACUUCUACCACAUCCUGGGAAGAGAGUGGGACAACCUGGGGCUGCUGAACUCUGACCCUGACGCAGCGGCUCCUGAAGGAGGAACCAAGCUGAAGAAAAAACUGGUCCAAUCACAGAAUGAGAAGAAGUCGAGUCAAGAGUCUGAACCAAGUCCUGUGGUUCCAUCAAAGAGCAGCAACAGACCUGAUCCCAUGGUUCCACCAGAGUCCAGACUGCAGACCCCCCUCACAGUUCCUGUGGCUCCGAGAAAGGUCCGACGUCGCCCGUGGUCAUCUGCGGAGAAGGAGGCGGUCUGGAGACAGUUGGGAGUCCACGUUCUGGUGCAGACCGUACCCGGGAAGGAGGUCUGUCAGCGCUGUCUGGACCUUGAGCCUGUCCUCAGAGGUCGACAUUGGAAAGACAUAAAGAACCAAGUCCACAACCAAAUCCAGAGUCAAAAGAAGCAGCAGUUCCACGCCCAGAUGGACCUUCAAGACCCCCAGGAACAGCAGAAUCAAGAACAUGACCAAACACAAACUCAGAAGAAGCAGCACCAGCACUUCCAGUCCCAAAUGGACCAAGAUGGAAAGGACCACACCCAGAACCAGAAGAAACAGCAGUACCAUGCCCAGAUAGACCACCAGGACCAGGACAAUGUUCAGAAUCAGAAGAAACAGCAGUUCCAUCUCCAGUUGGACCAACAGAACCAGGACCACACCCAGAAAAAACAGCAGUUCCAAGUUCAGAUGGACCACCAGGACCAGGAAAGCAUCCAGAAUCACAAGAAACAGCAUUACCACACCCAGAUGGACCACCAGGACCACCUUCAACUUCAUAAAAAGCAACUAUGCCAUUCUCGAUUGGACCACCCCGACCACAUUCAGGUCCACAAGAAGCAGCUGUACCAAAUGGACCAGCAGACCCAGGUACUGCAGUCCACACUGGACCGGGACGCGUCCUCUCUUCUGACGGGCACUCCAUUUGGACCUGAUGGACUUCAUCGGGCCUCAGGACUCUCACUAGUGGAGCGGGACCCCAUCAUCAGUCCAUAUCCACUUCCACACCGGGCCCCAGGGCUUCACAUGGACCAGCUGCUGCCCAGAACAGAGUGGACUGAUGAGACUCUGGGCCAGAACUACCCAAUCAACAGGCAGCUGGCCAGGAACCUUCUCCCAGAUGCCCCCACAGGAGGACCUCUGUCCAAUCCACACUCUGGACAUGUCCACUUCUGACAGACACGCCCACAAGGGCCCUGAACACAAUUGACGGUAUCAGAUAACAAUGUAUUAUGUUUCCCUAUAAUGACAAAAAGUCUUGAAGACUUCCAGGCCCUGAAAAUAAAAUCAACCUUUUCCAUCA